CUUUUUACAAAGCUAAUACAUGACUUUGUGUUUCUAUACGUUUUAUUUCCCGCCAUUUCACUUUUAAUCUCCAUGACCUAUUAAAAGUCCCAUGACUGAACUUCUUUGCUGGCCGUUAAACAAUGAUCAAGAAAGCAAUUGCGGCUGUUAUUGGGUUACUGAUAAUUCAGUUUAUUGUAAAAUUUCUACAUAAACUUGAGCUUUUUAAACAUGUGUAUAACCAUACACCCGGACCCUGUAGAAUUGUUCCUGGAGAAGGAAUUGGAUAUGAAGACAUGGAAACAUUACCUAAUGGUUUAACAUUUAUUACAUCAGGCCUAGUUAUGCCAGGAGCUUCCUCUACAGUUUCUGAACACCGUAAGAAGCACAAUGGAAAAGGAAGAAUUUAUUUGUUUGAUUUUAAUCAACCAGAUAAAGGCAUAGAAGAACUAAAAAUUGUAGGAGACCAGUUCAACCAGUCUGAUUUUGGUCCUCAUGGCAUUAGUUUGUGGAAAGACAAAGAUAAAGUGACAGUUAUGGUGGUUAAUCAUGGAUCAGCAGGAGAUACUAUAGAAAAAUUCCUGUUCAUAGCUAAAGAUAAACAGCUGAAGCAUGUUCACACUUACAGAGACACAACUAUACAUAUGGUAAAUGAUGUAGCAAUGGACAAUGAAAAUAGUUUUUACUUCACAAAUUUUGCCUACUAUAAGAGUGGACUUUUUAAAUUAUUAGAGGCAGUCAUACCAUUAGCCUAUGGAAAUCUGAUGUAUUAUGACGGGAAAGCAUACCACAAACAAGAUGAAGGAUUUGUUACAAUAAAUGGUCUGGUGUUAUCACAUGAUCAAAAGUAUUUGUACACAGGAGAAUCAGUCCCUCAGAGAUUUCAUACAUUUACUAGACAGAAGAAUGGAACACUAAGUAGAUACCAGGAAUUUAAUGUAAAAACAGCAAUAGACAACCCAACUUUAGAUAAAGAUGGCAAUGUUCUAUUUGGCACCCAUCCAAUAAUAUGGCAAGUUAUGGGACAUAUGGAUAACCCAGAAACACCAGCUCCUUCACAGGUAAUUAAACUUCACAUGAAAGAUGGUGCCGUGACCAAGAUGACAGAAGUUUUCGCUGAUGAUGGUCAUACAUUGUAUGGAUCAUCAGUGGCCUCCUUGUAUAAGGACGCCAUGUUAGUAGGAACAGUGCUCCACAAAUUAAUGUUUUGUGAAGUACGUUGGAUUGAUUGAGUGUGAUGCUUUAUUUAUGCAUGCAACUCUGACAUGAAUGAAAUGAAGUUUCCGUGUGUGAAAAAUGUUCAUGAAUAUAAUCAAAGAAGUAA